UAUUCAUUAAAUUACAUUUCAUUUUCGUGAAGUGCACUGAUUGUGACCAAAAUAUUUAUUUGGUGAUUUUGCUGACAAUAAGGUGUGUAGUCUGUGUGUACUUAAUACUGUAUAAUACUUUAGGAGUACGUCGUCCUUUUUUUAAUGCACAUUUAUUUUACCUUCAUAUAACAUGGCUGUCUCACUUGUCUUUUAUGUACAUGUAAAUGAAAUACAGGUAAUGUUAAAAUAUGAACAAGUCUUGUGAUCCAAGUACAGUACAUGUAGCUGGAUAUUGGUUAUUAAUAUUGCCAUUCAACCUGCUGUCAACCAGACAACACACACCCCAUAAUUGUGACAGUAGAAGCGGACAUAGAAAGUAAUAUGGUGUACAGUCAUACUGUAAUGCACAAUGUACCCAUCACACAUAAUAUACAGAACUCUCUCUCUCUCUCUAGCUGUCACACACCCACACACACACACACACACAUGCCGUACAUGUAGGCUCAAGAGAUGGAUGCUACAGUACCAGCAGGCAUCUAAUUACAUGUUAUGAGAUGCGCAUUCACUAUCGUCUCAUCUCUGAGGCUUACAUGUAUGUCUCUGAAAUGAAUCUCCCAAUAACAUUGAUCUGUACCAGCAAGUGUUUGUUGCAAACAUAUCAUCCCAUAUGGUGUGCAGGUAUUAAAGCCAAAUUGAGGUCAUUUGACUGGCAUUGCAAUUUACAUCAGUAAAGUAUCCGUUCAUACAUUGUACAUGUACAAUGUACAUUAAUAUACAUGUAUCGCAUAUUGCACAACACUUGGGCAGAAGUACAGUGUACAGUAAUUUCUGAAGAUGAUUUUUUUAUAAAAUAAAUGUAUAAAGAGAAAUCACUGCAUUUUUAUUUCCGAGGCUAUUUUGUAUAUAAACAGAGACCUGUGUCCUGAAAAAUCUGAAGUCCCUAAUACUGCAUGUAUUUUUGAUAUGCCCUUCAGUUUGUAAAACCGGGAUUGAUCAUAACUAACAUGUAGUCAAAGAGGAUAUCAUAUUGGGAAGGAGAAAAAUAUAGAUACAUGUACAUGUAGAUAGAUGUUAAAAGUUGUAAGUGCGUACGCAUUGUACAAAAUUGUAUAAAGUUGUUAGCCUAAUUAUUCUUUUGUCUUGAUUAUUUCAUUGUGCAUUGUAUCAUUUUGUGAAAUCCCUUGCAGCUUUAACAGGUUAUUAUUAGUCGAGGGUGAUUAAAGGGACCUGGUAUGCGUAUUCAUAUUGAUUCGAGGCCUUUAUGGUAUCAUUCAUCCAUGAAUAGAUCGUAAUGACCCCUGGUUCUGCAUAAUGAGAGGAUUAACAUAUGGCAUCAUAAUGUACACACUAUAGUAUGUACAUCCUAUACAUACACAUCUUUGAAAUAAAGAAAAAUCAACAGCAUGUUGAAAUUAACAACAUAGAAAUGAGGGGAAAAAGGAGGUCUAGGAAUGCAUUGUACUGGUAUGAUGAAUUAUGUAUUGUUCAAUUGAGAUCUUGUGUGAUCUACAUGUACAUAUGCAUACAUAUACAAUGUAGACCUCUUCAGGGGGAAAAAUACACAAGGGCUUGGGGUGAUUUCGCCCAUGAAAUGCUUAAAAGCCAUGGAAAAUGAAAAGUGUCAUGGAAAACAUAAAGAGAGCCACUGAAAUUCCCCAUUUAUUGCAAUGUAAAAGCUUUAUCCAAUGUCGAAGAAUUAGGAAAUCAGUUAUGAAAAGUAGCCCCCGAAAUUAAGAAAAAAAUUUGCCCAGUGCAAUUGAAAAGUAUUUUAAAACAUGUCAUAGCUUCCUUUUUUCCUAGUUUUGGUUACUAGUUUAUAAUGAAUGAGUUUUAAAUAAUUGAUUUUUAAAGAUUAUAUCAUUUAUUGUUUAAACUUUGAAGUUUCAAUUUCUUUACAUGUAUUUUCAAAUGUUGCAGGACUAAGGACUCUAAUGAAUUAAUUGGAAUGUAUCCUGCAUAUGAAGAGUUGGAAAAUUGCUUUUGAAGUUUGGAAUUUGAAGACACCGCAUUUUAGACAGAGAACAGGACUUGACGGGCCAAGAUGGGUUCCUUGUACCGCAGCGAGGAGAUGUGCUUAGCCCAGCUGUUCUUGCAGUCUGAGGCGGCCUAUGCAUGUGUAGCAGAGCUUGGGGAACUAGGCCUGGUCCAAUUUAGAGAUCUGAAUCCAGAUGUAAAUGCAUUCCAACGCAAGUUUGUGAGUGAGGUGCGGCGAUGUGAUGAAAUGGAGAGGAGACUUCGCUUCUUUGAGAAGGAAGUAACAUCCAGUGGAAUCUCCAUACUGAAUACUGGAGAGAACCCUAAUGCCCCUGCACCUAGAGAGAUGAUUGACCUGGAGGCUUGUUUUGAGAAAUUGGAGAAUGAACUGAAAGAAGUAAACACCAACCAGGAGGCCCUGAUGAGAAAUUUCUUGGAGCUGACUGAACUCAAGCACAUCCUACAGAAUACACAGACGUUCUUCCAAGAGGGCAACAGGCCAGAUGAAGCAUUUGGAUUUUCUGACAUGCAGCUUGGAUUUGUAACUGGUGUGAUACGCCGGGAACGCAUCCCUGCAUUUGAGCAGAUGCUGUGGCGAGUUUGUCGUGGCAAUGUUUUCCUGCGUCAAGCGGAGAUUGAGGAGCCCCUCAAGGACCCUAGCACGGGAGAGGAGGUAUGGAAGUCUGUCUUCAUCAUUUUCUUCCAAGGUGAUCAACUCAAGAUCAGGGUGAAGAAGAUCUGUGAAGGAUUCCGAGCAACUCUUUACCCUUGCAACGAGACUGCCGCUGAGAGAACAGAGACCUCUAUGGCUGUUCUUACGAGGCUUGAAGAUCUACAGAAGGUUCUUAGCCAGACGGAGGAGCAUCGCCAGCGCCUCCUGUCCCUGGCAUCCAAGAGUCUUCGGGUGUGGUUCAUCAAGGUCCGCAAGCUCAAAGCCAUCUACCACACUCUCAACCUCUUCAAUCUGGACGUCACCCAGAAAUGCCUGAUUGCAGAAUGUUGGUGUCCUGUAGCUGAUCUGGAUCAGAUUAACUUGGCUCUGCGUAGAGGAACGGAGGUCAGUGGCUCUUCUGUACCUUCCAUCUUGAAUCGCAUCUCUACCGACGAAGAACCACCCACCUACAACAAAACCAACAAGUUUACCAAGGUCUACCAAAGUCUUGUGGAUUCCUAUGGUGUUGCCAACUAUAGGGAGGUCAAUCCAGCUCCUUUCACAAUCAUCACCUACCCAUUCCUCUUCUCUGUGAUGUACGGUGAUCUUGGUCAUGGCUUCAUCAUGUUUCUCUUUGGACUCUGGCUGGUGGUGAGAGAGAAGCAGCUCUAUGCCUCCCUGGCCAACCAUGAGAUGUUCGGGAUGCUGUAUGGCGGUCGCUAUGUCAUCAUGCUGAUGGGCCUCUUUUCCAUAUACUCCGGUUUCCUCUACAAUGACUGCCUCUCCAAUUCAGUCAAUAUAUUUGGCUCAACUUGGAACGCUACCAAUAUGAAUUAUACUGACGAGUUGCUGAGUGAAGACAUCACUCUAGGACUGGAUCCGAAGUAUUCUGCUACAGGAGCAAUCUAUCCUAUUGGUGUAGACCCUAUGUGGCAGCUGGCUACAAACAAGAUCAAUUUCCUCAACUCCUACAAGAUGAAACUGUCUGUGAUCCUUGGGAUCAGCCAGAUGACCUUUGGUGUCUUCCUAAGCUUCUGCAAUCACAGGUACUUCAAAAAUCCCCUGAACAUCUGGUGUGAAUUUGUGCCCCAACUCAUCUUCAUGGUGUCCAUCUUCGGCUACCUCGUCGUCCUGAUCUUCGUCAAGUGGCUCAUCUACGAUGUCUGGAACGAGAACGAUGCCCCUAGUCUGAUCCUAACCCUCAUCAACAUGGGUCUCUUUACCCCACCAGAUCCCCCAAUGUUUAAAGGACAACCAUCGCUUCAAGUAUUUCUGGUGUUGGUAGCGGUGGCGUGUAUACCAUGGAUGCUUCUCGUCAAACCGGUCUUACUCUACAUGCAGCACCAGAACAGACCCCUAAGUACCUAUCUAUUCUGGCGUAACCGGGGAGCCGCGGAUGCGAGUGGUCUACUGUCCGACGACACCCAGGCAGUGAUCAACCAAGACGAGUUGGCUAUCCACAACGAUGAUCCUGAAGAACCCGAUACUAGCAAUCACCUUCAGCAAACACCACCACCAAUUUCAAAAGAGUUUGAUUUUGGGGAGACCGUAGUUUACCAAUCCAUCCAUACCAUCGAGUAUUGUCUUGGGUGUAUCUCACACACGGCAUCUUACCUUCGACUCUGGGCUCUCAGCUUGGCUCAUUCUGAGUUAUCUGAAGUCCUGUGGAACAUGCUGCUAGCUAUUGGGCUGAGGAUGCAAGGGUUUGUCGGCGCCAUUGCCACGUUUGGUUGCUUUGGAGUUUGGGCCGUCCUCACCAUCGGUAUCCUCCUCUUUAUGGAGGGACUGUCUGCUUUCCUGCACACCCUGCGUCUCCACUGGAUUGAAUUCCAGAGCAAGUUUUACAAAGGAGAGGGCCAUCCGUUCUUGCCAUUUACAUUUGAUGCUAUUCUGGACGGAAAGGAGGAGUGAGGAUAUGCACAUUCUCCUAACCUGUACUCCAAUAGCCUCUCUCCCGCUUCUUUGAUUUAAGUGAAAUCCAUGAAAAAGAAAUGGCAACUCGAGAAAUCAUUCCUCAUGUGGAAUUUGUCAUCUUUCAGUCAAUCAUUCUAUCUUUCAAUGUAUUCUUCUUUCCAGAUCGAUCUAUAUUCGACCCAGGUCUUUUAGCUUGUUUAUAAAAUAAUGUUCUGUAUGGUAUAUGAUAUGCAUGGGUGUAAUGUGGUGUUUGUUUAAUAUUGAUAUUAAUAGUAUUGAAUAUAUUCAGAAGAAAAAAAAUAGUGAAAAUAGACAUUAGUGGCAUUUAUUCAACCUGUGAAUCACGGUGGAAAAUUAUAUUCCAAAAAUGUCUGUGCAAUGUGGGUUGAAAGAGAAUAAUACGAUGUAUUAUCAAAUUCUGUGAGACUUU